UGCGAUCUCGAACGCAUCCCACACUCCAUCUUCAGUUUGCACAACCUGCAGGAGAUCGACUUGAAAGACAACAAUCUGAAGACAAUAGAGGAGAUCAUCAGCUUCCAGCACCUGCACCGCCUCGUGUGUCUGAAGCUGUGGUACAACCAGAUCGCCUACAUCCCCAUUCAGAUCGGGACGCUCACAAACAUGGAGAGGCUGUAUCUGAACAGAAACAAGAUCGAGAAGAUCCCCAGUCAGCUUUUCUUCUGCCGCAAGCUGCGCUUCUUAGACCUGAGUCACAACAAUCUCACCAGCAUUCACGCUGACGUGGGCUUCCUCCAGAACCUGCAGUACUUCGCAGUCACGGCCAACAGGAUUGAGACUUUGCCCCCGGAGCUGUUCAAGUGCAAGAAGCUGCGAACUCUGAAUCUGGGAAACAACUGCCUGCAGACGCUGCCCUCACGCUUUGGGGAGCUCACCGGGUUGACACAGUUGGAGCUGAGAGGGAACCGGUUGGAGUGUCUCCCAGUGGAGCUCGGUGAGUGUCGGCUGCUGAAGAGGAGCGGCCUGGUGGUGGAGGAGGACCUUUUCAACACACUGCCGACAGAAGUCAAAGAGCAGCUCUGGAGGGCUGACAAGGAGCAAGCUUGAGCCUAAACCUCCUUUUCUCGUAAAAAAUACGAGAAGUUUUGACUGAAGGAACAAACAAGCAAUCAUUUAGUUUUUUAAAGAAUGGCAGAUCUCUCAGUAUUUGCAGCAGAGUCGGACAUGCAGGGUCAGAAAGGCGAUGGCUUGUUGGUGCUUCCUUUGCAGGAACUAUAGAAGCACCGAUGUCAACCUUUAAGACCUCAAAGGAUGUCACUAGUUUCUCAUAAAGCUCAACAAAGACAGGUGGUUCAGCAAUGUGGCUUUCCUGUUAAAUCCUCCUAUAUUUAAUGCUGCAAGGAUGCCAGCAGCUGAUGUAGAAUUUGCAUGUCACUGCAGGACCACGCUCAAGCAAACCUGUUUUCAUUUGAGAGAUACAAACAAACAAAUAUAUAAACUUUGCAUGGAUCAGCCCCGCCACAGUGAGCCCAAUGUACUCACUAUUUCUCAUUUGCUGAUCAUGCACAAAUUAAACCAGUCCAAAACAGUAUUUGCCUAACCUUUCUCUGGCCUUGAGACUUCAGUCUUACUCCUGACAUUUUUACUUUUGCAGCUGUCAGAGUACUGGGUGCAGAUGAAGAUGUAGGUAAAUAAAAGAAAGUGAAACCAGCAGCCAAUUUGUUGGGGCAUGAAGGUUUGCUCCUGUUGUUUUCUCCAGACGUUGUGGUUGCUCAACAUGCUUGGAGGCUUCUUUUUUAGUGAAAACCUACUCUGUAAGAAAGAUGAACAGAUGAACCUGCAGCUGAUCUCCCAGCUUUGGCCUUAACUCGGAGGGAGGGACUGAUGCAACGGCAUCACAGCAACGCUGUCAGAUAUUCAGCGGAGCACGAAUGAGAACAAACUUCACAGUACAAUGUCUAAAUAACCCACGUUGUUAAUUUAUAACGUCUGCCUAUGUGGCAGGAGAUUUCUUAACAGUGGGGGAGUAACACUUCAUUCUUCUUGGACUUUGCUUCAAUCUUUACCUUGUUUUUGUUUAUUUUUUGCAUGACUAAAAGCAUCGCACAUUAUUUGCGUGUCUUAUCAAUGUUUAUGAGAUUGACAGAGAUCAGGCCUUUUUUUAAAGGAGGUUAAUAAUUUAUUUAGACGUCAAGUAACAUGAUUUUGUAUUUUCUAAUGCUACGACACACUAGUUUCAUGUUGGGCCCGUUUUUUGGCCACUUUUUUGCCUUUAUUAGAUCGGAAAACUGAAGAAAGAGAUUGAAGGGAGAGAGAAAGGAUGACUUGCAGUAAAGGGCCGGGAUGAGUUUGUGCAUUAGUGAGGUUUGGCAUUUUUAACAUGCUAUUUGGUGAAUGGAUAACAUUGAGAUAAUACCAGAUCAAGUAGAAGUUAUUGACUGAAGGCCACACAUAGAACACAAGACAUUGAGUUUAUUUUGGAACUAAGUCAAAAUCUUAAGUGGAGUUUGUUUAUUUGAAGGCUUUACUGACUAUAUCAAUGAAAAAAAGGUGUCCCAUGGCUGGUUGUCCCUGUACCGAAAAAACUACAGGUUCGAAAACAUUCAGAAAACUCUCAUUUUAUUUCUUUGUUUUUAUGAGAUAAAAUAAACAUGCAAGCUUGCACAAUUCUUA